GGUAAGACCCCAACCCUAGGCGGUGGCUUCCAUGUGAACUUGGGGAAGGAGUCAAGAGCACAGACACUGCAAAACGGGCGACGCCACAUCCACCACCUGGGGAGCCAGCUGCAACUGAACCAGCACUGUCUGGACACAGCCUUCAACUUCUUCAAGAUGGCUGUGAGCAAGCAUCUGACCCGAGGCCGGAAGAUGGCGCACGUGGUUGCCGCCUGCCUCUACCUGGUCUGCCGCACAGAAGGCACACCGCACAUGCUCCUCGACCUCAGUGACCUGCUCCAGGUAAACGUGUAUGUGCUGGGAAAGACGUUUCUUCUUUUGGCGAGGGAGCUCUGCAUCAACGCGCCAGCCAUAGAUCCAUGCCUAUACAUCCCACGCUUUGCCCACCUGCUGGAGUUUGGAGAGAAGAACCAUGAAGUGUCCAUGACAGCCUUGAGGCUCCUGCAAAGGAUGAAGAGAGACUGGAUGCACACAGGCCGGCGUCCCUCCGGCCUCUGUGGCGCAGCACUUCUGGUUGCUGCCCGAAUGCAUGACUUCCGGAGAACUGUGAAAGAAGUCAUCAGUGUGGUCAAAGUAUGUGAAUCCACGCUGCGGAAGAGGCUCACAGAAUUUGAGGAUACGCCCACCAGUCAGCUGACCAUUGAUGAGUUUAUGAAGAUUGAUUUGGAAGAGGAAUGUGAUCCACCGUCGUACACAGCUGGACAAAGGAAGCUGCGCAUGAAGCAGCUUGAACAAGUCCUGUCCAAAAAACUGGAGGAAGUUGAAGGUGAAAUAUCCAGUUACCAGGAUGCCAUUGAGAUUGAACUAGAAAACAGCCGGCCAAGGCCAAAGGGAGCCCUUGCCAACUUGUCGAAGGAUGGUUCUGCCGAGGAAGCCACAUCUAGCCCGUUGGGUGAAGAAGAUGCUGAGGAUGAAGAGCUGGAGGCUGCCGCCAGCCACAUGAACAAAGACUUUUACCAGGAACUCCUAGGUGGUGGUGGCAGCAGUUCAGAAGCAGAAGAAAGCACUGAGGGGGGUGGCAGGCCCCUGGCCUUGGAGUCCCUGCUUGGUCCCCUGCCCACAGCAGCCAGCCUGGGCAUCUCUGAUCCCAUCCGAGAGUGCAUCUCCUCCCCGAGCCUGGACCCCAAGCUCUCCCUAGGUGACACUGAUGUGCACUUUCUUCUAGAAGACACCUCGGAGGAUGGCGAGCUGGACCUCAGUGGUAUUGACGACCUUGAGAUUGACAGAUAUAUCCUGAAUGAAUCCGAAGCCCGAGUGAAGGCGGAGCUGUGGAUGCGGGAGAAUGCAGAGUACCUGCGGGAACAGAGGGAGAAAGAAGAGAGAAUAGCUAAGGAGAAGGAGCUGGGUAUCUACAAGGAGCACAAGCCCAAGAAGUCCUGCAAACGCCGGGAGCCCAUCCUAGCCAGCACCGCAGGAGAGGCCAUCGAGAAAAUGCUGGAGCAGAAGAAGAUAUCCAGCAAAAUCAAUUAUAGUGUACUCCGGGACCUUGACAGCAGGGGUGGGACCAGCCCAAAGAGGGAAGACACUCAGCCUGCAGAGAAAGCCAGUGCCAAGAAGGUACCUCGGAGGAAAACGCCAGCCAGCAGGAGCGGGCCUGACCCUGGAACCAACGUAGGGAAAAGGAUGAAGCCUCUGGUGUCUGCUCAGCCCACUAAGAAGGCAGCCAUAGGAGAGGCCUUGCUCCCAAACUCCCCUGCGCUCGGAGCGGAGCCUGUCAGGCCCUCGGCUGUCCUGGUGGAGAGCGGCCCUGUGUCGUACCACCCUGAUGAGGAGGCAGACGAGGAAGAGGCAGACGAGGAGGAUGGAGAGCCCUGUGUCAGUGCCCUGCAGAUGAUGGGCAGCAAUGAUUAUGGCUGUGAUGCUGAUGACGACGAUGGCUACUGAACACAACCUAUACACCAGGCGGAGUCCUGGCGCUGGAUCUGGAAAGAGCCUAUACACCAGGCGGAGUCCUGGCGCUGGACCUGGAAACACAACCUAUACUCUGGGCUGCGUCCUCGUGCUGGACCUGGAAACACAAUCUCUACACCAGGGGGAGUCCUGGCGCUGGACUUUGAAUAUGUCUGUUGGGGUCAGGGCCUGGGGCCAUGGUUCACAGGUGUGAACACCAAGUCUCAGGUCCAGCUGAGCUCUGUCCCACUGGCUUUGAAGUUAUCUACAGCCACAUGUGGCCUCCGGGGUACCUGCUGUGGGGGUCAGUUUUGAACAAUGUAAGAAAUAUUUUUACCCAG